GCUCACCACCACAUUCUUCGCUUCAGGUGCCACCUCCUUACCAGUCACUAUUGCUCUCUGAAAAUACAUCUCAACAAAUUUCCAGGAACCUUCCAAAAAUGCAAAAUACUUCUGAACUCUUCAGGCCUACUUACAGAGUGGGUCGAUGUGGAACAGAACCAAUACCUUGCACUGCUGCAGAUCUUCAUAUCCUCACAUUGCUUGAACAUGUGAAGCACCAGCUGUCACAAUUGGCUGUCAUGAUCAGUUCACUAUCUGGGCGGCUAAACAUUGAAUGCUCACCUGAUAUGCCUGAGGAGGUCCAGUUUCCUCUACAAUCACUGGAGGAAGUGGAUGAUUUUGAAGCCUGGUUGAAACAACCAACCAAUGCUUUGAAGAAAAAGAACACGAUUUCUGUACUGGCAUCUAUUGGAGGACAGGAUACCAAGCGUGUCACUUGGAAUAUUCUUUCACAUAUUUUUGGAGAUGAUGUAGCAAAAAAGAUAAACUGGAAGGGAGUGAAUGAAAAACGGGCCUUCAGUCAAAUGGCAACCAAAACUCUAAUUAUGCGUGCAGUUCGCCAGAGUCAUGUGGCAGCCAAAGCUACAGAUGUGGACAUUAAUAAAUUUGUCAUUAGGUGGUUCAAUUUGGCAUCUGACCGUGGUGGUGGUCGCAAGGAGUGCUGCAGGAGAGUGCAGGCAGCAGUGCCUUCUGAAUCAGGACUGAUGUAAACACAAUUUAAUAGUAAAGUUUAUUGCUGUUUUACUGUUUUGGGUAGAUUUCUUCAUUU